AAGCCCAAACUCUCCACCAUAGCAAAAGCUCUCGCGGGGUUCCGCGGAAGAGUAAUUGUUAAAGAAUCUUUCUUUUUGUUUCGUUUUCGUUUUUGUUUAGGCGCUUUCAACUGUUCAACCAUUUGCAAAGCGAAAUUGCUUAAGCUAAUCCGCCAUUUUUGUUUCUUUUUUCCUUUUCCCGAGAAGAGGAAAAAAAGAAAGGAAAAAAAAAAGCAUUCAAAGCUUGCAGACCCACCUAGAAGGAAACCCCAAUUUGAUAUUACAGUGAAAUCUGAGGUGCAAUUUGAUAUUAUUGACCUUUCAUCCAAUCAUAUACUCUGCUUCUCCCUCUCUUUUUUCGCCCAAUUCGAUUUCGAGUCAAGAACGCCACCAUCACCAUAUCGUUCUCCUUCCCAAAAUUGCUUCCUAAACCUGUGAUUCUGGGCAGUUCUUUGCAAUUCCCAUGUCUUGAUUUCUGUCUGCCUUCCCCGGAAAUUCCCAAUUUGUCGCCGCGUGAUGAUUCUUUUUUCUGUUGAAAUCCUAAGCCCUAAUUCUUGAUCGAGUCUUGGUUUCUCUCCGACGGGUCUCGAGUUCAGUUUGUGGUCCGGAACAUCGAAAUUUUUGUUGUAUACGAUUCUUCAGUUAAUGGGCACGAUUAAAUCUUGCAGGGAUGCCUCGAAAUCCUAUUCAAAUCUUCGGUCGCCGACGCCUCCACCAGUGACUUUCUCCACUUCUCGCUUCGAGACCGUCAACGGAUCGCACGAGUUCAAGAUCAAUGGGUAUUCCCUCAAUAAGGGGAUGGGGAUUGGGAAAUAUAUCGCGUCAGAUACCUUUAUGGUUGGUGGGUAUGCGUUUGCUAUAUAUUUCUAUCCAGACGGGAAGAGCGUCGAGGACAACGCGUCGUAUGUUUCGGUUUUCAUAGCGUUGGCCAGCGAAGGAACUGACGUGAGAGCCCUUUUCGAAUUGACGCUUUUGGAUCAAAGUGGGAAGGAGAAUCACAAGGUGCACAGCCAUUUCGAGAGAAGGCUCGAGAGUGGCCCUUAUACGCUUAAGUACCGAGGAAGCAUGUGGGGGUAUAAACGUUAUUUUAAAAGAACUCUUUUAGAAACAUCUGACUUCCUAAAGGACGACUGCCUUGAAAUCCACUGUGUUGUUGGUGUUGUUAAGUCCCAUACAGAGGGUCCAAAGAUUUACUCCAUAACAGCACCGCCAUCUGAUAUAGGCCAGCAUUUUGGGAAUCUUUUGGAGGGCGGGAAGCUAACUGAUGUGAAUUUUGAAGUAGAUGGGGAAACAUUUGCUGCCCACAAGUUAGUUCUUGCAGCACGGUCGCCCGUUUUUAGGGCACAACUUUUUGGCCCUCUAAAGGACCAUAAUACCGAGUGCAUAAAAGUCGAAGAUAUGGAAGCCCCAGUUUUUAAGGCAUUGCUUCAUUUCAUAUACUGGGAUGUCCUACCAGACAUGCAAGAAAUUGUAGGUCUGAACACCAAAUGGGCUUCCACGCUGAUGUCUCAGCAUCUACUUGCCGCAGCUGACAGAUAUGCACUCGACAGGCUCAAAUUGCUUUGCGAAGCUAAACUUUGUGAGGAUGUCGCCAUAAAUACCGUGGCAACAACACUGGCAUUGGCCGAGCAGCAUCAUUGUUUCCAACUAAAAGCUGUAUGUCUGAAAGUCAUUGCAUUGCCGGAGAAUUUGAGAGCUGUAAUGCAAACGGAGGGAUUUGAGUAUUUGAAAGAGAGCUGCCCAUCUGUUCUCACUGAACUACUAGAAUACGUAGCAAGGGUGACGGAGCAUGCUGUGAUUAAUUGCAGCGGUUACGGAAACGGGACGGUGUUGGAUGGCAGUUACGUGAAUGGAAGACGGGUAAGGCAGAGGUUGUAUUGAUCUGAUCAUCAACGCCUUUUACUUACCGCCAUACCAACCAUUUGUGUUCUGCAUGAAUAAGAAGAAAAAGAUUGUAGAGAGAGAGAGAGCAAUGCAGAAGAAGCUCGUAGUUAUGUCGGUCUGUAAUGCACACUAAUGAUUGCUAAUUCAGAUUCUAAAAUUGAUUCCCAGUGGUUUCCUUUUGUAAAAAUCUGGAUGUUGUUACGAGUAUCUGUAGUCCUGUAAUGGAUGAGAAUGAUAUUGUGUAUUUACCAUAUAUUAAAACAGUUCAAACUCGCAGGACCCAUGACUUCAAAUGAUGAGAGCAGAUCAUUUGCCUUCA